GACGAGAGAGAUAGCGGGACUGAUUUGAACAGGAGAGAAAGAGCAAGAAGAAAAUCCAUCCAGUCCGGUUUAAGGGGUGCGGACGAAAGUUUUUCUUUCAAAAUUGAAAUUUGAACAGGACAACCUCCUCCAAGAUGGAUAAGGUCGCUGGAGGGUCCGAGCAUGGGUUAUUCCCAGUGACAGAAAGGGCGAUGAAGUACCCUUACACCUUCACUUCCCAAGUUCGUCAAUUCCCGUAUAAGUGGAUGUUCAAAAAUCAAUGGAUUUUCCGCUAUUGGAUCUACGGCUGCGUUCUAUCUCUUCCAGUUUUCUACAAGAUUAGCAGACUUGCAAACUCUCCUGAGAAUAAGAAGAAAUGGGCCGACAUCAGGGCAAAGGAAGCUGCAGAACAUCAUUAGAGCUUGCAAACAAUUCCACCGUUAGUCAUUUUACAACUGCAGAUAAAUAUAGUGUACAUAGAGAAAAUUAUUCUAGCCAAUGCCGUCGCUCUCAUUCAUUGAUGGAUGAUAAAAUUCUGUAAAGUUUCUUGAAUCCAUAUAUUAUAAAAACUUUGUCGAGCAGCCAUCAAGUCAAAAUUAAGUUUGAUUGUUUGGGAAAUAAAUUGGUAAUAUCAA